UCUGCUGUGCCCAGCAUCCGCGAAGGAUAUAGGGUCGCGCAAAUCCCAAGAUCUUCUGCCCGAAACACGAGCGUUGCUGCAUUGGAUCAUCUUUCGAUUCUGCCUGCAUUUGCCUCUUCUCGCCAUUCCCUCCCUACAUGCAUGCCGUGUCAUGCAAUGCCUUGUUGUGUUCGGCCGCUUUCCUUCUCUGACCUCCGAAACCGUCCUGUCGGGCAUCUGUCAUCAUACUCCUCCUCCUCAUCAUCAUGAUCAUCAUCCUCCUAACGAUCUAGGUAUCCGCGUGCGUUGUCCUAAUGUAGUAGUAGGUGGGCAUCGCCGCGCCGUGCGUUGCGAUGCGGGCAGACCAAUCCUCAACAACGCAGGCACGCUCCCGAGCCCUUCUUCGCUCGAUGCACAGAAAGGAAGUAGAAAAACCCUCAACAGGAAGAAAAUUCAUGUUGGCGUUGGAGGCAAAGCACGACUCAAGGGUUUGACCAUGGCUAACCAUGCGAGUCAUGGACCAUCAUGUACCUUUUUUUUUCUGUUUCCUUCUAACCUCGCCGCUUACCUCAUCCCGCGUUGCGACGGCCGACCUGGACUGUGUAGGCUGGCUGACCUGACUUAGUUACCAACUCAAUCAGCCAACCACCCUGGACCCAACAUAUCUCCCAGUACCCGGCAUGCAAAAAAAAUCCUUCCUUUUAGUGAGAAAACAUCAGGCCAUAAUUCCCACAGCUCAAUGCCUCGAUCCUUUCUCUCUCACGAGUUAAAAAAGGCCCCCUUGAGUGUGGGUCUGUCUCGAUGGUUGGUGUUUCCGAUUCCGUUCCAAGUUACAAAUCCUCGCAUUGCCUGCCAAUAAAAUAAAAAGGGAAGGAGAAAUUUAAUUCUUCAAAAUUCCACAGUUCCGAUCCAAUCACGAGAGAUGCAAGAAAAUUGAAUUCCCUCGACUUUCCCAAUCUCAUGAUACACGGAGUUUCUGGCUGUAAGGAUUCGGGCGCCUAUACUCGGGGUAGGGACAAUUGCAGGAGCAUUAACCUUCUUACCUCAACUUUCCCACCUCACUUCCUCCACCCUGACUCUUACGUUUCUAAUCAAAUAUUCUCACAUUUGAUUCCGCCUAGACCUCAUUCCGCUGCUCCCCUCGGAAUAGGAAAUUGAAGAUCCUCACCUCACAUCCACGCGUCCACAACGCCACAAGUCAAAACAAUCUCUGCAGAGAAAGGCCUCUGGUCGUACAUGCUGACCCGCAAGUAUCAGUAUACUACCUACCCUUCGCAUAUACGACGAUCUGUUAAGGGAGCGGGGGAUGAACGGCGAAACCCACCAUCGCUCGCGUGCUUUUUUUUUUCUUCCACGUUUUCGACAUCAUUGUUCGCCACGCUUCUUCUUGCUCAUCGGGCCGUUGGAGGGUCGUGGAUCCUGGUCACACCCAUGCCCGGUACCUUAUGCCUGAU